AUGGCUUAUGUUUUAACUGAAACUUCAGCUGGUUAUGCUCUUUUAAAAGCCUCUGAUAAGAAAAUUUACAAAUCUUCAAGCUUGAUUCAAGAUUUGGAUAGCUCUGACAAAGUCUUGAAGGAAUUCAAGAUCGCCGCCUUUUCCAAGUUCAACUCUGCAGCUAACGCUUUAGAGGAAGCCAACUCCAUUAUUGAAGGUAAAGUUUCUUCCCAAUUAGAAAAACUUCUAGAAGAAAUUAAAAAGGACAAGAAGUCAACCUUGAUUGUUAGUGAAACUAAAUUGGCAAACGCUAUCAAUAAGUUGGGAUUAAAUUUCAAUGUUGUUUCCGAUGCCGUUACCUUAGAUAUCUAUAGAGCUAUCAAAGAAUACUUACCAGAGUUAUUGCCAGGCAUGUCUGAUAAUGAUCUAAGUAAGAUGUCUUUGGGUUUAGCUCAUUCUAUCGGUCGUCACAAGUUGAAGUUUUCCGCUGACAAAGUUGAUGUUAUGAUUAUUCAAGCAAUUGCUUUAUUGGACGACUUAGAUAAAGAAUUAAAUACAUAUGCCAUGAGAUGUAAAGAAUGGUAUGGGUGGCACUUUCCUGAACUAGCUAAGAUUGUCACUGAUUCCGUCGCUUAUGCUAGAAUUAUUUUAACAAUGGGCAUCAGAUCCAAAGCUUCUGAAACUGAUUUGAGUGAAAUUUUACCAGAAGAAAUUGAAGAACGUGUCAAGACUGCUGCUGAAGUGUCCAUGGGUACAGAAAUCACUCAAACCGAUUUAGACAACAUUAACGCUUUAGCCGAACAAAUAGUUGAAUUUGCCGCUUACAGAGAACAGUUGUCCAAUUACUUAUCUGCAAGAAUGAAGGCUAUUGCCCCAAACUUAACUCAGUUGGUUGGUGAAUUAGUCGGUGCUAGACUUAUCGCUCAUUCUGGUUCUUUAAUUUCCCUAGCCAAAUCACCAGCUUCUACCAUUCAAAUAUUAGGUGCCGAGAAGGCUUUAUUUAGAGCUUUGAAAACCAAGCAUGAUACACCAAAGUAUGGUUUGCUAUACCAUGCCUCUCUUGUUGGUCAAGCUACUGGUAAGAACAAAGGUAAGAUCGCAAGAGUUUUGGCUGCUAAGGCCGCAGUCUCAUUGCGUUAUGAUGCUUUAGCUGAAGAUAGAGAUGAUUCCGGUGACAUUGGUCUAGAAUCAAGAGCCAAAGUAGAAAAUAGACUAUCCCAAUUAGAGGGUAGAGAUUUGAGAACUACUCCAAAGGUUGUUCGUGAGGCUAAGAAAGUGGAAAUGACUGAAGCUAGAGCUUACAAUGCAGAUGCUGAUACUGCAAAGGCUGCCUCCGAUUCCGAGUCUGAUUCUGACGACGAAGAGGAAGAAAAGAAAGAAAAGAAGGAAAAGAAGAGAAAGAGAGACGACGAUGAGGAUUCCAAGGAUUCCAAAAAAUCUAAGAAAGAUAAGAAGGAGAAAAAGGAGAAGAAGGAGAAGAAGGAAAAGAAAGAGAAGAAAGAGAAGAAGGAAAAGAAGUCCAAGAAAGAAAAGAAAGAGAAGAAAGAAAAGAAAUAA